AUGUUUAAUGACCAGAAAGUUUUAGUUGACAUUUACAUCCCAAGAAAAUGUUCUGCCACAUCGAGGCUUAUCCCGGCUAAGGAACAUGGUGCUGUUCAAAUUAAUGUUGGAAUGGUUAAUAAGAAUGGAGUAUUCACUGGAGAAACUGAAACCUUUGCCAUUGCUGGUCACGUCAGACAGAAGGGAGAAUCAGAUGCUUGUUUGAAUCGACUCCUCCAUGAAAAGAAAAUGUUAUCCUUCUCGAACUAA